UUCUUGCGGUGGUUUUGGGGGCGUAAAUGUGAAAUUAAGAGGUCCUGUUAUGGGGUUCUUGUUUUCUGUUGGCCAACUUUGAGUUCUUGGGAGGAUUUACUGAAUUGUUGUGUCAAGACUUGGAUUAUGCUUAGGAUUAGUUCGUGACUGGAUCGGCCUUGAUGAACCGCGUCCCGACUCCAACUAGAUGUACUGCUGAGUUGAUUUUUGUUAAACUUUUUAGAUGUUUAUUUUUGGAAAGUUCAGUCUUUAGAUCUUUCGUGGAAUUGAGCAUCUUGUUGACACUGGAAACUUCAAGGCGAAGAGAAAUCGUUUGCACUGCUAAAUUUUGUUCACCAUUUGUCAUGUACACGUUGAUACAUUCUUCAAGACAAGAUAAGUUUCCAAAAAUCUCUUAUUUUCUGCGUCGAGGGUAACACAAAAAAUAACCUUCAGUUUCUUUCCCCAUGCCUUGAUUCCAGAUAGUUCGUUCUUCAGCGAGUUUUUUUUUUCUUAACUGUCCUUCAGUGAGUUUUGGUAAAAGAAUUCAUUUGAGCUCAACAAGGAGGAGCGGCCCCCGGGGAAUGUCGACAUUGAGCUAGGUUUGCAAGGCGACGUGUCGGGUUCUGCGCAGCCAGGUUUCGAUGGCUUCUAUGAACAGGUCAUGGAGAUUGAGAAGUUGCUUGAGACGUUGACAAAACUACUGAAGGAUCUUCAGAACUCAAACGAGGAAUCGAAGGUUGUCACUAAGGCAUCAGCUAUGAAAGAUAUCAAAAGGCGCAUGGAGAAGGAUGUUAAUGAAGUGACAAAGGUUGCACGGCUCACAAAAUCAAAACUUCAGCAAUUGAAUAAAGAGAAUCUUGCAAACAGAGAAAAGCCGGGCUUUCACAAGGGAUCAAGUGUGGACCGAUCUCGGACCUCAGUGACAAUGUAUACUCCUUCUGUCAUCCUCUCGCUUGUUUUUCUUUUCACUUCUAUUCUAUUUUUUGCAUUAUUGAUUCCACUUCAUAAUAAUCUUAUGUGCAGUACAUUGACUACGAGGUUGAGAGAACGCAUAUCAGAGUUUCAGACACUAAGAGAAGCAAUCCAGACGGAGUACAGGGAAGUUGUAGAGCGGCGUGUUUUCACCGUAACGGGCGAGCGUGCUGAUGAAGAGACUAUUGACAAGCUGAUAGAAACCGGCGACAGUGAGCAAAUUUUUCAAAGAGCUAUUCAGGAACAAGGGCGUGGAAGGGUGCUCGACACACUCCAAGAGAUCCAGGAGCGACAUGACACGGUGAAAGAGAUUGAGACUAAGCUCCUUGAGCUGCAGCAGAUUUUCCUCGACUUGUCGGUACUGGUUGAGGCGCAAGGUGAGAUCCUGAACAACAUCGAAGCGCAGGUUACAGGUGCAGUGGAGCAUGUUCAGACUGGAACAAACCUCCUUCAGAAGGCGAGGGUCCUGCAAAAGAACACGCGGAAAUGGACCUGCAUAGCGAUCAUCAUCCUGCUGAUCAUCGUACUCGUCAUCGUCCUCUCGUUGAGACCAUGGGAGAAGAAGUAGGGGAAAAGAACGAAAAGAAGCAUCAUGCUAUGCUAGGACAAUAUACGAUAUUUCAUACGUAUGAUGUUUAUUGUAUAGUUUUUGUUGUGUAUAUACGCCAACGACAUAUGGUACCGGAGCCGAAGAUUCUCUGAUUAUUUUCUUGGAGGUGUGUGAACUUUGUUUGAUUUUGUGGUUCGGAUAACAAAAUUCAGCUUGAUCAUCA